AUGUUUUAUUAUCUCAUUCUAUCAAUCACUCUACUUUCUCUAUCUCAUUUAUCUGUCAAUGCUGCUGACGAGUUUGAAGAUUAUCGUUGUCGAUGUAUUUGCCCAUCAUUUACAGUUCUACAAGAUCCAAAUAUGACCGAUACACAUCGCCGAGUGUACAUCGACGUUGUGCCACCUGAUAAUUGUACCUGUGAACGGGUUGUUUUCCAUACUAUACCAGCAACGUCUAGCUUUCAACAACGGUUCUGUCCGAGAUGUGUGUGCAACUAUGAAGUGCGUAAUACGACAACAAUGAAGGUCGUCGUUAUUAUCAUUAUGGUCGCAAUCUCAUUACUAUUUAUAUACAUGUCAUUCUUGCUUUGUCUUGAACCAUUGAUGAAUCAAAAUAAAAAGUCAUCGAGAAGAACGACAACAUCACCUGCAAAUGGUGCACGACAAGCGAAACAUCAUAACAAAGAGACUCAUGAGGAAGUUCAUCUAGAUAAUCCAACACAAGAAUGUGUAUUUAGUGAACCGGUACCUAGUAGAUUGCAACGUACUACUGAUCGUUCGGCAACGGUUUUAAAUUUACGAACAUACGAAGAAGCCAAGUGGAGAAAAAAUGCAUCGCCACAGCGAACAUCCGUUGGCAGUAAACUGGAUGCACUUAAUUAG